ACACAGUUCAAACACAUCUGCAAGUUCUUCUGGAAUUUAAAAAAAGUUGCAAUAAAAAUACCAGAGAAACCUCCAAAUCACAGGAAUUUUAAAUAUACCAUUAUAAUGGUAAGCUCUAAUUGUUCCACUGAGGACUCCUUUAAAUAUACUUUAUAUGGGUGUAUCUUUAGUAUGGUGUUUGUUCUUGGCCUCAUAGCAAACUGUGUUGCUAUCUACAUUUUUACUUGUACAUUAAAAGUGCGAAACGAGACUACAACUUACAUGCUUAAUUUAGCAAUAUCGGAUCUGCUUUUUGUGUUUACAUUGCCCUUCAGGAUUUAUUACUUUGUAGCAAGAAACUGGCCAUUUGGAGACAUUCUUUGCAAGAUUUCUGUCACUCUCUUUUACACAAAUAUGUAUGGGAGCAUUUUAUUUCUGACUUGCAUAAGCGUAGAUCGCUUUUUAGCUAUAGUACACCCCUUUCGAUCUAAGACUCUCCGGACCAAAAGGAACGCAAAAAUUGUCUGCACUGCAGUAUGGAUAACUGUGUUAGCAGGCAGCACACCAGCAAGCUUUUUCCAGUCUACAAACCGACGUAAUAACACUGAACAAAGAACGUGUUUUGAAAACUUUUCGGAGGACACAUGGAAAACCUACCUAUCCCGGAUUGUUAUCUUCAUUGAAAUAGUUGGGUUUUUUAUUCCACUCAUCUUGAACGUGACCUGCUCUACUAUGGUCUUACGGACUUUGAAUAAACCGCUUACAUUAAGUCGGAAUAAAUUAAGCAAGAAAAAGGUACUCAAAAUGGUUUUUGUCCAUUUGGUGAUAUUCUGCUUCUGCUUUGUGCCUUAUAACAUUACCUUAAUACUUUACUCCCUUAUGAGAACACAGACCUGGAUUAAUUGUGCAGUAGUAACUGCAGUCAGGACUAUGUACCCCAUCACUCUGUGCAUCGCCGUUUCAAACUGCUGUUUUGACCCUAUAGUCUAUUACUUUACAUCAGAUACAAUUCAAAAUUCAAUAAAAAAGAACCGGUCCACUAGACCACGGGACAUCAGAUUCUCCGAAAGGCCAGUUUCAGAAAACUUCAUUCAACACAGCCUUCAGACCAUAAAAAUGAAAAUAUUUGACAGUGACUCUACAAUAUAAACUGUAUUAAAAGACUACUGGGACUAAACUGGAAUCAGAAGCCUGCACAUUUCUUCAGCUGUGGAAAUAUAUUCUGAUAUGUAAAUGUUACGCUUCCUUCACAUCAGAAAAGUUUAUGAUAAGACUGUAAAAGUGUUAAGCAUAAUAGUACACAGAAAAAGUAUUUUAAGAAUGUAUGUCAAAUGUCUGU